GUUGCGGAUUUUUGUUGUCGGCUGCUAUCCGAUGCGCCUAGUGCUGUGCGUUUGUGUUAGUGUGUGUUUUCCCGUUUUUCCUCCCUCACCCAUUCGCUGUCGAAUGGGCUAAAAAGAAGACGGCCGGGCGUAGUCGCGCUGAUCUAACUUCUACAGCACCCCCACUCGUGCGGCAUGGUAUAUGCGGGUGUGUACGUUUGAAGCGCGCGUGAGUUUGUGCAACGAAAAAUAUGUGUAAAGAAUAAACAGUAAAGUUUGAGUCAAAAUAAGAAAAGGAAAUACAUUCAAAGGGAGGCAAGAAAAACCUUCCAAUAAAUUUAGAUAUCGUUCUCGCGCUGGGUGCGUCGCAUUGAUGGGUUGAUAAGCCGGAUUUUUCAUUGGCGAUCAUAUUCGUGCUCUAUUAAUUGUGAGACAAAAGUGUGGAAAAUCAGUUAAAAAUGACGGUGUGGAAAAGUGUUGGCGAUACGAAAAUGCUUGCCAUCGCCAAGGCAAACUACUAUGAGUCCGACAAAGCGCACAGACUGGAGCUGGACGUGGGUGAUACGCUGGUCAUUCUACAGGAAGCUGCCAGUUGGUACUACGGGUAUAAUAAAAGUUUUCCACACAUUCGCGGCAUUUUUCCCAAGUGUUACGUCCACAUCGUCGACGCUCGUCCGCUCAAAAGCAGUUCCGCUGGCAGCGAGCACUUGUCGAUUGUACGAAGCGAGAUUGUCGAGGAAAUCACAACCGUUCUCAACGAGUGGCAACACCUGUACCGGCGGUUUUACCUGCAGAGUCAUCCGGAUUUUAAGGCGAUUCGACUGAAAAUGCUGGAAUUGAUACGGCUAAGAUCGCAACUGCUGUCCGGUAAUCUUCCGGUGGACGAGAUGAAGGACAUCAAGCUGAAGGCAACCUCGGAGAUCGACACCGGAAACAAAAUUUUACGGCUCGAUAUGGUGGUUCGGGACGAUAGUGGCAAUAUACUGGACAUUGAGCGAACUUCGACUACGCAGUUAUAUGAACAUCAUCUGAAUGCAGUCGAUCGCAUCAAGCGGGCAAGUACUUCAACUAAUAAAAAUCGUAUAGUAGAAUCGAUGAAUCGGCACUCGCACAACCUGUUGCUCUCUGUGCACAAUUUCGUGUGUCGGUUGUGCGAGGAUACGGAGAUCCUUUUCACCUUGUAUGACGGCGACGACAUGAAGGCGAUCACAGAGAAUUAUGUGGUCAAAUGGAGUCGCCAAGGAGUGGCAGCUGAUUUGGACCAAUUCAACAACAUCAAAGUGUUGUUUACCGAUCUAAGCGGAAACGAUUUGAGCAGAAAUCGGAUCUUUCUAGUUGCUUAUGUUGUGCGUGUGGGUGCCAUGGACGGGAAAGAUACGGAUUCGCGACGGAGCAGUAUGGCCAACUCGGCUGGUAAUGCUAGUGGCGGCAAGAGCAAGGGUCAAUUAGUGAGUCAGAUCAGUGCCCCGGGCAGUCCAGGGGUGGGCGGAUGUGCGACAGUUGCUGGAAGCUCUGGUGCACAUGAGCAGCAGAUGCGAAGGCCAUUCGGUGUAGCUACGCUGGAUUUGAAACCGAUAAUUAAACGGUCGGAAGAUUUCAAAAGUGAUACCCAGCUAAAGAUGCCGUUCAUUGCAUGUGAAAAGGAAUCGCUAGACAGUACGUUGCGGAAACUGAUCACGAACAAAGACUUGGGUGAUAAGAGUGAUUCGGCAAUCUGGAUUAGUGUGGAUAUUUUGCAUGGCGAUAUAAAGCAGGUGAAAGAAGAGUAUCCACAUUUGGUGCUAGGUAAUGUGGCAUUUGCACGCAAGAUGGGCUUCCCGGAGGUGAUCUUCCCCGGCGAUGUUCGGAAUGAUCUGUAUCUUACGUUAGUUGGCGGUGAGUUCUCUAAAGGCUCGAAAAGCAGUGACAAAAAUAUUGAGGUAACCGCUGUGGUCUGUAACAGGGAAGGGGUAGCAAUCCCCGGGGUUAUAUGCUACGGAGGUGGUGGAAGCACUCUAAAUGAAUAUAAAUCAGUGAUCUAUUACCAUGACGAUAAACCCAAGUGGAAUGAAACGUUUAAGAUUGACGUGCCAAUCGAGGAGUUUAAGCAGUGCCAUCUGAGAUAUACUUUUAAGCAUCGCAGUUCCAACGAGGCCAAGGACAGAACAGAGAAACCCUUCGGGUUAUCCUAUGUGAAACUGAUGAACGAUGAUGGAACGACACUGCAGCAUAAGAGGCACCAUUUGCUGGUGUACAAGAUUGAUCAUAAGAAGUUCGAUCCAGAAACGCAGUAUAAUUAUCUUCAGUUGCCAACAUUGGCUGAUGAGCUGGCCAACAUUAGUGGCGGAAAACCUUCGGUUAGCGGUUUUAGUCUUGCGUCUAAAGAUUGCUUCACAAUUGAAACAAAUCUGUGCAGUACCAAACUGACUCAGAAUGUCGAUAUUUUGGGUCUAUUGAAUUGGUCGUCGCGUAAAGAAAAAAUGGAAGAAUCGCUGAAUGCGUUGAUGAACGUGAAAGGCGAGGAGGUGGUAAAAUUUUUGCAGGACAUUCUGGACGCACUGUUCAACAUUCUGGUGCUGAACGAGGAUCCAGCGAAGUAUGACAACCUGGUGUUUCGGUGUCUCCUGCGGUUGAUAGAAAUUGUUUACGACUUGAAAUAUCAACACUUCCAGUCGGUGUUGGAUCUGUACAUAAACGAGAGUUUUUCGGCUACAUUGGCGUAUGAAAAACUUAUCAACGUGGUUCAAACCCAUAUAAAAAAUGCGAUUAAUAACGUAAGCAGUGAACGGUCUAGCUGCAUCAGUAUCUAUGCUGUGAAUGAAAACGAUGAAACGCUAUUUCGAACUACGAAAUAUUUGCAGUACAUUAUGAAAUUCAUUAUUCGAUCACGGAUUUUGUUUGCUGACUUAAACCAGGGCAAGGACAGCGAACUGUUCGAGACGAUGCUGGAAGAUUUGCUGGAAUCGUUCACCGAGUUGAUCAAAUAUCAAAACGAUCUCUUGAAAUCGCAGGGAGCUUUGCUGAAGUAUUUGCACAUCAUCGCUUCGGACCUGAUGCAGGUUUACGACCCUAUAAAGUUGAGCAAGCGGAUAGUGGACAUAAUCUCUAAUGUUCCCACCGGUCGUUUGAAUCAAUCCAAAAUGACUUGUAUUAAAGAUGUGGUGGAUUCCAAACUGUUCAAGUUGCCUCAGUGCAGGGCUAUUCUGCUGCCGAUGUUUUGCCGGCAAAUCAAGGACAAGCUAGAGAGUAAGGAGGAGGGUGACUUUAUGUUCGACAUCCGGCAGCAGGAGAAGAAUCUGAUCAAGGCGGCCAAGGUGCUUGGAGAGAGCAAGUCACAGCUGCACACGCGUGAAACCACGGCCAAGACGAAGGUGGCUGAGUGCGUUAACAUCAUGAAUAACAUGUUGGAGCUAUUGUUCCACAGUGAAGAGGAUAUUGGUUCAACCGAGAACGAUAUCCGUGAGAUCAUGCAAAUUCUGCUGCGCACGGUAAUACAGAGUUCGAUUGCGAUGGACCGUGAUAAUCCGCUGGUCGGUAAUCUGGUCGCGAUCAUGCUUGGGAUCUUCCGUAGCAUGUCGGAGAGCCACUACCAGGCGUACGUGAGAAGCUUCCUUACGAGCUACGAUCUGCUGGAUUUCUUGAUGGAGAUUUUGUUGGUGUUCAAGGAGUUGGUGUCGAAGCCAGUGUUUCCGGCGGAUUGGCUGGAUAUGAUCAUGCACCAGAAUACUGUGAUAUUGGAAAGUCUGAGACACUUUGCCGGUGUUAUAAUGGAAUGGUUCUUCUCGCCGUUCGAGAAGCAGGUUUGGUCGAACUAUUUCCAGUGCUCGAUCACCUUCCUAACGCAACCAGCGUUGCAGCUUAAUUUGUUCAGCAGAACGAAACAGUCGAUGAUCUUGAGCAACUAUCGAGAUAUUCGCAGGGAGACUGCGUUCGAAAUCAGAAAAAUGUGGUUUAAUUUGGGAGAGCAUAAAAUUAUCUUUGUACCACAGCUAGUUGGUCCGAUCCUGGAGAUGAGCAUGAUUCCGGAGCUGGAGUUGAGAAAAGCUUCUAUUCCAAUAUUCUUUGACAUGAUGCAGUGUGAGUACUACAGUUCGAAGUAUGUAAUGGAGAGCUAUGGGGAUACAAAGCGUAACGCAAGUCAUAUAAAAGGAAAUUUCGUGGAUUUUGAGAAGGAAAUUAUUGAAAAGCUUGAUCACUACAUUGAGGGCGGCUACGGGGAUGAAGAGUUUAAAGAUCUAUUUUAUGAAAUCAUGCACGAAUCAUGCAGUAGUCACAAUACUCUAAAGUUGCCAGGCAUAAAGUGUGUCAACAUAUUAACUCGUUUGAUGGAGAAGCUGUUAGAAUAUCGGUGUCUAAUUCAUGACGAAAGUAAAGAAAAUCGGAUGGCAUGUACAGUUAGCUUGCUACAGUUUUAUUCCGAUGUAAAUCGCAAGGAAAUGUACAUUCGAUAUGUAAAUAAGCUGUGUGAUCUUCAUAUGGAAUUCGACAACUUCACAGAAGCUGCCUAUACACUGAAGCUGCACAGCAACGAGCUUUACUGGGAUGAUUCUCCACUGUCUGCUUUAUUGAAAUCUAGCCGACAUUUAUCCUGCAGUACUCAUUGGGCCCUAAAGGAAAAGCUAUACCGGGAUAUUAUCGACCUGUUCGAUCGUGGGAAAAUGUGGGAGUCGGCAAUUGACAUGUGCAAAGAGUUGGCUCAACAGUACGAAAACGAAAUCUACGAUUAUUUGAGUCUUGCCGACCUUUACAAAAAGAUGUCACAGUUCUAUGAAAAAAUCUUACGCGAGAAGCGUUACGAGUCUAACUAUUACCGGGUCGCUUUCUACGGCUCUGGGUUUCCGCAGUUUUUACGCAAUCAAGAAUUCGUAUAUCGUGGCAAUGAAUAUGAAGAUGCUGGAUCGUUUAAUACGCGUAUUCUCAGUCAACAUCCUCAGGCGGAACUGGUACCGACUUUGAAUCCCGGCCUAGAAAUUCAUCAAUGCGAGGGUCAGUUUAUUCAGAUCGUUAAGGUCGAUUCCGUCAGUCGUGAUAUUCGACUAGGAAGGGAUAAGAAAAAUAUUGCGUCCAACAUUGUAAGGUUCUAUCAAUCGAACAAUGUUUGCGAAUUUCAGUUCUCCCGUCCAAUUCGUGAUUCAAGCGGAAGCGGUGAUGACAUUGCUAACACUUCGUACGAGCGAACGAUUUUGAGGACUUCGGAUGCUCUACCGGGAAUUUUAAGAUGGUUUCCGGUAAAGUCUUCCGAAACAGUUAUUAUUUCUCCCAUUGAGAUGGCGAUCGAGACGGUGGAAGCGAAAAACCGAAGUAUACGAGAGCUGGUACUUGAGCAUCAAGCUGAUCCGAACAUUCCUAUUCAUUCGCUAAGUGCGAUCAUCAACGGUGUAGUGGAUGCGGCUGUCAAUGGGGGCAUUCCAAUUUACGAGGACGCAUUCCUCACUCCGGAAUACUUGAUCAGGUAUCCGGACGAUGAUCAUUUGGUGGCACGACUGAAGGAUUUGAUUGCCUCGCAGAUUCCUUUGCUUGAGGUGGCUAUUCUGGUACACAAGAUGAAAACUCCGGCCAGCUUGCUGCCAUUCCAUGAUCGCUUGGAGAAGUGCUUUGCCAGUAUUCAGACCAGCGUGGAGGAGAAGUAUGGUAAGCGAACAACGGAUAUUAAGAUCGAUCGGGAUAGCGAAGUGACGCUGAGGAGACAGAUUUCGGCUCUGCCACAGGUUAGCAUUGAUUCGAGUCGGCUGUCGGAAACCAGUAUCGGGUCAUCGGAUAGUGGAAUUUCCAAAAGUCAGAACAGCCGCCCAACGACUACCAGUUCAGGUGGAUUCAAGUCAACAUUGACUAAUUUUGCCACGAAUUUCAACUCCGUCAAUCUAACAAGAACAUCCCUUGGAAGUUCUCCCGGUUCGAAGAGCAAGAAGGACAAGACGUUGACCAAACGAAGAUCUAGCCGGAAGGUGGACCGUGACUCGUUAACGCUACCGGUUUCCAACAGUCUGUUUUAUACGUCACCCAUCACGGUAACAAGCGAGGUGGGAAGUAGCUGUAGCGACCGAGAUAGUGCCAUUUUACAGAGUGGACCGGCAAGUGUUUGUUCACCAGUCUGCUCGACGCCGACCGCAAACCAAAGUGGCGCCAGUUCGUUACCGAUGGUGGAGUUAACUGAGGAGCUUCACCCAAAACGACCACUUCGCUCAGAAGUGGAAAAGGAGAAGCGCCUGUCGCGACCUCCGAGUGUUGUAACACCCACCCUUAGCAUCAAGACGCUUACCGGUGGAAGCGUGGAUACUACUUCGCUUGGUUCUGCCGAGAGCAGCAGCAAUCGCAACUCGAUAAUAACCAAUGGAUCUACUACGUCGGAGGAUGAUCUGGUUCCACCACCGUUACCAAUGAAAACCCGUGACAGUGAUUACAGUAACCUUCCGCUUAAUGAUAGUGUUCUUCACAGACGGUUAGCUGGUGCUAGCGGUCAUUACAUCAGUUGUAAACCUUUGCCAACUGUUCCGAAUACCGCGGCUAGUACCACCGUAGUUAUUAACUCAUCCUACGACGUAGUAGAAACGCGAAACAAUAACGUAAUCGUGAUUGGAGCCUACGACGAGCGAAAAAGACCUCCGACUCCUCCUCCAAAACCAUCGAGAAAUUCCAAGGUAUAAAAAAAAUUGAAACUAAAAAUCAAAAUUGAUCAGUACAAAUAUUCUCCCUAUCCGCAAACUAUGAUCAGUAACUCCCGAAAUGUAGGAUGCACAUAGAAAAAGCAUUUUAAAAAGAUAUAUGUAGUUAGAGUAAUUUUACGUGUCAAAAGACUUCUUAAUCGUUAAAUCUUAGAAGCUCUGUCCUGGAUAGGUCAACUUUAUAGAAAAGAUGGAAAUAGUAUUGCAAUUCUUGAACAAAAGGAAAACAUCGCAAAGCCAUUUAUUUUUAUUUUCUAUGCACUACUUUUACUAGCCGGCAAAGCCGUGCUGUUUUUACUUCCAAAUCGGUUUAAUGGUAACAAAUUUUUCGUUGUUACCGAUUAUGAUUAGCAUAGUUCAGAUUUCGAUCCAAAUUUAAAGGGGAAGACUUUUUACCUCCAUCGCAAUUCACAAAGUACCAAAGACGAUAGGACAAAACCAUCUGUACAUUGAUUACCAUUAUUUUCGAUUACGCGAAUAAGGUUAGGCUAAACGCACAGACUAGUAGGUAUGCUAGAGUAUCAGAACAAUAACAAAUGCAACAAGAGCUUGCGGAAACCAGUUUUCCUAUCUUUGGUAGGUUAUCGAGAUGCUAGAUGGAAAAUAGUAACAUUAUUUAUAGAUACCUAUUUUCUGUAGGUUUAGUUUUGUCACAUAUCAAGACAAAUUUUUUACUUCCAUGCACAUACUUAUGUAGAGUCGUAUAAAAUAAAUAGACAAUUCAAACCAUCACGGACGUUCGUCGCUCUUUGAGUUGUUUUUGUUUCACUAUAUAAAUAUACGGAAACAUGCCAGUCUAGUCGGUAUGUCAUCAUUUGAAAGAAACGUCCCAUAUAUGUUUAGUCACUGGUUUGUU